AUGUCUACCAUUGAGAAAAUGUUAAACCUCAAAAAAGAGAAGAAACUUAACAUCCUCAUUAACAAUGCUGGCGUCAUGGUGUGUCCGUACGGGAAAACAGAUGAAAACUUUCAAAUGCAGGAAUCAACCUCAAAUCUACCAAUCAAAAGCUUCCAAAGCCCCCUAUCUCGUCUCUUAGGUCACUUCCUGUUGACUCACUUAUUGAUUGACCUGAUCAAAAGGUCGACCCCGGCCAGGAUCAUCAAUGUAUCCUCUUUGGCUCACUUCUGGGGUACCAUCAACCUGGACGACAUCAACAGUGAGAAGGGCUAUGACAAGAAGAAAGCGUACAGCCAUAUCAAGCUAGCUAACGUCCUCUUCACCCGCUCCCUGGCCAAGAGGCUACAAGGUACGGCUGUGACCGCGUACUCCCUCCACCCUGGCGUCGUUCAGACUGAUCUGUGGCGGCACCUGAACGCACCUCAGGCAGCUAUCAUGAAGAUGAUCAGUCCCUUCAUUAAGACAUCCGUCCAGGGAGCUCAGACCACUAUCUACUGUGCUGUGGACCCUGAACUGGAAACAGAGAGUGGUGGAUAUUACAGGUGA